AUGGAUCCGCGCUUUGCUCGUCCUGAUUGGAUGAUAUGCACUGUUUUGCCGGUCCCUCCACUUGCUGUACGUCCUGCUGUAGUCACCUUCGGCUCUGCGCGAAACCAAGACGAUUUAACACACAAACUUUCCGAUAUUAUCAAAACCAACAUCCAACUGCGAAAUAAUGAAGCAAAUGGAGCAGCAGCUCACGUCUUAGCUGACGACGUGAAGUUAUUGCAGUAUCACGUAGCAACUUUAGUAGACAAUUGCAUACCAGGACUCCCAACGGCUACGCAAAAAGGAGGAAGGCCAUUAAAGUCUGUAAAACAGCGUUUGAAAGGAAAAGAAGGGCGAAUUCGGGGGAAUCUCAUGGGGAAGCGAGUGGACUUCUCAGCUCGUACUGUCAUCACAGCUGAUCCCAACUUGCCCAUUGACACUGUUGGCGUCCCUCGAACUAUCGCGCAGAAUUUGACCUUCCCCGAAAUUGUAACACCUUUCAACAUUGACAAACUUCAAGAACUUGUAAAUCGGGGUGACUCGCAAUAUCCUGGAGCAAAGUACAUAAUCCGUGAAAACGGAGCUCGCGUCGAUCUUCGUUAUCAUCCACGUGCAGCUGAUCUUCACCUUCAACCUGGCUAUAGAGUUGAACGUCACAUGCGCGAUGGGGACAUCAUUGUUUUCAAUCGACAGCCUACACUGCAUAAAAUGUCUAUGAUGGGUCACAGAGUAAAGAUACUUCCUUGGUCUACAUUCCGAAUGAACCUCUCUGUAACUACACCUUACAAUGCUGACUUUGAUGGAGAUGAAAUGAAUCUGCAUUUGCCGCAGUCGUUAGAGACCAGAGCUGAAAUAGAAGAAAUAGCAAUGGUGCCAAGGCAGCUGAUUACUCCGCAGUCAAAUAAGCCUGUGAUGGGUAUCGUACAAGACACAUUGUGUGCUGUGCGAAUGAUGACGAAACGAGAUAUCUAUAUUGAUUAU